CCCACUCCUGCAUGGCGCUCCGAAACUACACACCAUAAAUGUCAAAUUUUUUGUAUGAAUUAUUCAUUCAAAAAACUUCUGAGAUCGUGCGGAGUCGUACUGAUCAAACACACAUUUGCUGCCAUGUCCAAAAGAAGUGGUUUUCAAAGGACACCUAAAUUUAAACCCGAAAUUAAGGUGUUAAAUAACCGUUCUAAACGGCCAGUGACUAUGUUCCAUAGAAAAGAGAAUGUUGAAGUGCUCCCUGAACCCAUUAAAUCUGAAGCUGAUAAAAAGCUAUACAAGACUAUCAGGCUAGAGAAUGGUUUGACAGCAUUAUUAAUAUCUGACCCAAGUCGACCUGCUGUGACAGAAGAAUUCAGCUCUAGUGAGGAAGAAUCAACUAGUGGUUCAGAUGAGAAUUCAGACCCAGAAAGUGAUGGAGGUAAAUCUGUUCAGUCUGCCACCAGUGACCAUCACGGAACCACAAGGCGAAAUGACUUUGAUGAAGAAAAACUAGCAGCCUGCGCCCUCUGUGUUGGCGUGGGCAGCUACAGCGACCCAGCAGAAAUACAGGGAUUGGCGCAUUUCGUCGAACAUAUGGUGUUUAUGGGAAGCGAAAAAUAUCCCAAAGAAAAUGAGUUCGAUGCCUUCAUAAAGAAAAAGGGCGGUUCAGAUAACGCUUCGACAGAUUGCGAAGUGACUACAUUCUACUUUGAGAUACAAGAGAAGCAUUUACCUCAUGCCAUGGAUAUGUUCAGCCAGUUCUUCGUGAGCCCGCUAAUGAUGAAGGAGGCUAUGCAAAGGGAGAGAGAAGCUAUUGAAUCGGAAUUCGCAAUAGCGUCGCCGUCUGACUCGAAUCGGAAAGAUCAGUUGCUGUCAAGCCUAUUUCCGGAAGGACAUCCGGCACGCACUUUCACUUGGGGUAACCUGCGUAGUUUGAAAGAUGACAUCAACGACGAGGAGAAACUACACAAAGCAGCUCAUGAAUUCAGGAAACGACAUUAUAGUGCCAACAGGAUGACGGUCGCUGUUCAGGCUCGCAUGGACUUAGCCUCACUCGAACAAUACGUCAUAAAUACGUUUGGUCGUGUCCCGACGAACAAACUUCCGGCAGACGACUUCAGUCCCUAUUCGUUCCGUCCAGAAACCGUCACGCCAGAAUUCCGAAGUAUUUACUACGUCAAACCCAUCGGAGACACAACGGAGCUUCACUUAACUUGGUGCAUGCGCUCCUUGAUAUCCGAAUACGAAUCUAAACCACAUCAGUACAUUUCGUACUUGCUUGGACACGAAGGAAAAGGCAGUCUUUUAUCUUACCUUAAGAAGAAGGUUUGGGCGUUAGGUAUAUACACGGGGAACUCUGAGAGCGGUAUCGAUUACACGUCUAUGUACAGCUUGUUCUCUACACAAGUAGUUCUUACCAAGGACGGGCUCGACCACGUCGAUGAGGUACUCGAAGCUAUAUUCUCGUACAUAAACAUGUUAAAGAAAAUCGGACCUUCGGAAAGGAUUUACAACGAGAUCAAGACUAUAGAAGAGACCAGUUUUCGCUUCGAAGAGGAGUCCCAGCCAGCGGACUAUGUGGAAACUCUGGCCGAGAACAUGCAGUUCUUCCCGCCCGAACACUACAUAACCGGCGACAGACUCUACUACAAAUACGAUCCGAAGGGUAUCACGGAACUAUUGGAUUGCAUGACAGCCGACAGAGUCAACAUCAUGAUAUUGUCAAACAAACACUCUAAACCCAUAGCGUACGAUUCCAAAGAGAAAUGGUUCGGCACUGAAUAUAGGAGACAAGAAAUCCCAGAGAAAUGGCUCGAACGUUGGUUGAACGCCGAACCGAGCCCGCAGUUUUACCUUCCGGAGAAGAACAUCUACAUAACGACGAACUUUGACUUGAUAGCUCCAGCUCAGCCAUACCUCGAGGCGGCCAAUGAACUCGGCGUCGACUUAAAGAACAGUUCAGUCAAAGACAUACACAAGAAGACGGCAGCCGUCGGCGGUAAGGAGCGGGUGUUGAAACGCGCCGACUUGAUUGCCACUGUUAAUAAUUUCAGACUGGACCAGCCGAACCUGCUACGCAAGAACCGUCACAUGGAGCUGUGGUACAAGCCCGACUUCAAGUUCCGCUUCCCGACCGCUCUGCUGUACUUCUACUUCAUAACGCCGCUCAGUCUGAAGUCGCCGCGGGAGUCGUGCCUACUCGACUUGUGGACUGACGUACUCCAGCAGGGACUCAAGGAAGAAGUUUACCCUGCCAAUAUGGCGGACUUGACCCACUCAAUAUACGUCUCAGAUAAAGGGCUAACGUUAAAAGUCAACGGGUACAGUCAAAAUUUACAUUUGCUAGUGGAGCUGAUAACGCGCGAGAUGCGCACGUCUCCCGGCGGGCUCACGGCGGCCAUGUUUGAGGCGGUGCGCGAGGUGCGGGCGCGCUCGUACCACAACGUGCUGCUCAAGCCGAACCGACUCGCCAAAGACCUCCGGAUGCAAGUGUUGUUGGAACCGUACAUAUCGCCUCGAGACAAAGCCUUUGUUAUCCACAACAUAACUCUGGACGAUUUGAGAGACUUCCACGAUAGACUGCUCAGUAAAUUGUAUAUGCAGGUUUUGGUUCAAGGUAACCUGGCUUGGUAUGAUGCGAUCAAUAUAUCGCAAAAUGUUUUUAGCAACAUGCAGUGGGAGAGUCUGUCCGAAAGCGAAAUCCCUCAACUGCAGGUACACGAGCUACCACUGGGCGAACGUAAACUGAGGGUGAUGAGUCUGAACGAAGCUUCAACGAACAGCAUCAUCACAAACUACUACCAGGCCGAGGUGACCACCCCCUCGGAUUUGGCCGUACUCGAAGUACUAAUGAUGCUGAUGGAGGAGCCUGUGUUCGACAUGCUGCGCACGAAGGAGCAGCUCGGCUACAGCGUGUUCAGCAUGAUGCGCUACACGUUCGGCGUGCUCGGCUUCUCCGUGUCCGUCAACACGCAGGUCGACAAGUUCAGCGUGUCGUACGUGGACGGUCGCGUGGAAGCCUUCCUCCGCAAGUUCUACCGCGACAUGAAGCGGCUCAGCGAGAAGACGCUCGCGGCCACCAGGAACUCGCUCGUCCAACUCAAGCACACAACGGACUACGAGCUCAAAGAAGAGGUUGAAAGAAACUGGAAGGAGAUUGUGAGCAGAGAGUACCAAUUCCAAAGACUAUUUAAUGAGGCUGACGCCAUAGAAAAAGUGAAGUUGGCCGACAUUAAAACGUGGGUAGAGAACCACUUCCCGACCGGCAACAGAGCGCAGUUUAGGAAAAUCUCGAUACAAGUAAUGGGACACAAACCGAAACAAGUCGACGAUAAAUCUUCGGAACAGGAAAUUAUAAAGCCCAAAAACUACACGUUGACUUAUUUAGACGCGAGCCAGCCGGUCGGCGAUACCACCGAGAACAACGCGGAUUUCAUAAAAGACAUCGACGAAUUCAAAAGCGAUCUACCGAUAAUAAACGUCCCUAAAGUUCAACUUGCACAAUGUUAGAAAAACAAUAUCCUGAAAAAAA